UAAGGUAAUUACCUUGUCCAGAUGCUCAGAGAGAUGGAUGUUAGAAACCCUCGGUCCACGCUAGUGAUUCGGGAAUGCUUAUUGCAGUGCUUUCACAAGGAUGAUCAGCAGUGCCUCGUUCAGAGCACACCUUGUGUGUGUUGCAGGUAGUAGUGACAGCCUGGCUCCUUGCUGAUGAUGGCACGAUGCUCCAUCAAACAGCCACAGAGCUGCUGGAAGGUCUCUGGGCAUAUUCAGCACAGCACAUCCAUACAUAUGAGGCAAUGGGGUGUCCUUGCUUGCGAAGCACUGAGUCUCGUCUACAUGUUCUUGACAGCAGCAGCAGCACCUGGACGGGUACUCCUUAUGUAUUUGUUAAGCCGGAUGCAGUCUGCGGCAGUGGGCCGUGCUCCCCUGCAUGUGUGUGCUAGGUGAUGGAGCAGCAGUGAUGCUGUUCCUGCAGGGAAGUAAGCCCAGGGAGGAUGCAGCAUCUGUUGGUGUUCUUCAGUGCUCCCUGUGCUGCUGAGACACUUCAGUCAGAUUCUGGCUUCUGACCACUACCUGAAUCACCCACGUGUUCACAGUUAAAGGCUUUAUCAGUUGGUGUCACUGAUGUGCUAUUAGUUUAUCCUAAGGCUUGAGCAAAGCACAUAAGUGAUAAUAUACUGCCAUCUGCUAGCAACGUGAAGCUGAUGUUUCGCAGGCUACUUGGCAGCUAUGUGAAGCCAGAUCCAUCUUUAGAUACCAAAAGCAAGUCAUCAGAGGUGACCAAAAUUCAGCCAGACUGAUUGGGGUUGAAAGCAACGUUCUAGGGGUCAGCAAAGGAUGAGACCCCAGCAGAGGGUGCUGGUGGCCUGGCCUGCCAGAAUUAAUGCUCUGUUGCGGUUUUAGGAGCUAGGGGAGGAAGCCAGCGCUCCUUGGGGCUGUGUAUAGCAGGAGAAAGGGCUGCAUUUGGUUGGGUGAGCACAGAGGCUUUCAGCAGUGAGGUGAAGCUCCUUUCCUGCUCACAGCAUUUUGGGGCGACAGUCUUGGUCUGUUUUUUUUUUUUUAAUUUCCAAUCAUGGGAGCCUUUUAAGAAAGGUCACUGGUCCCCGGGAAGGAAUUAUCUGGUGGGAAAUGGGUGGUGAGUUUCCCAGGAACUGAGGGUUUUUUGAAGCACCACACUGCUCCCUGUGCCAGCUGAGAUGUUGCCCGGCUUUUCCUUCCUCCCCAAAUUGCAUGCAUUGUGUUGUUAAUCUUUCUCCCCAUUCUAGCAAAGAGAAUCUCUGUGUUUAAAAUACUUCUCGCUUUGGAGCUAAGGUGAGGCAAGGAAAGCUCUCUCCGUCCCUGCUGUAUAGAAUCAGGUGUAGGAGAGCUUUGGCUGAUGCCCGGCUGGUGUUUGCCACAACGCGCAGCACCUACCAGCGAGCGGAGCUCUGAGUCUUCACUGCUGGGAGGGCUUUUGGGGACAAAUCCCAGUAAAGCGUCGCUUGAUGCUUUGGGAUGAGGGAGAGGAGGGCUGGUGGGUUUUAUUUCCGACCCCAAACGAGCCGAGAGAGGGGGAGGAGGACGGAGGUGGUUUCUCUCCCGCAGCGCCGGGGAGGGACGAGCAGCCUGGAAGCCUGCAUUAAGGGCAGGCGGGGAUCCAAGUAUUCGGCUCCCGGGUACCGAUUUCAGUCCGCGGCCCCUAAAAAGGUGGAGAGCGUCCCUUUGGGAGAGGUGGGAGGAGGGAACGCGGGUCCUCAAGCGGGGGAACAUCCUGCGGGUUGCGGGGGAACAGAGCUGAAAGAUGCUGGAGGUGGGAGAAGAUGCGGGACUCCGGGGCUGAGGGCCGGAGCCGGGGAUGAUCCCAACCCGAGGAAGGGGCGGGGGGAACAGCAGCCGGUCCCGAUGCGGGGCCGGGGGCGGCCGGGGCCUGCAGGGGGCGGGCGGCGGGCGGGGCCGAACCCCCCCAGGUGCAGCCGGGCCGCCCCGCCCGCAGUCCCCGCUCCGGCUGCCCCGACCGCCAUCACCAUCACUAGCUCGGCUGGAAAAUGAGCUUUUUCUCCUCAAAGCGGUGUAGGCUGUCCUGCUAGUGGGGAGGGUCUGCCAUGGACGGCGGGCACAUGGGCAGAUACCGGCUGAGCGCCACCGCCAGCCCCCCGCGCUGGGAGAUCGGCAUCUACGUGGCAGGAGCGCUGUCGCUGCUGGGCAUCGCAGCUGUCAACCUGUGGAAGCUCUGGCGUUCCGGCAGCUACCCUGCGCCUUCCCCGUUCCCAAACUAUGACUACCGCUACCUGGAGCAGAAGUAUGGGGCGGCGUAUUCAGACAUCAAGCACAAGCGUGGGGCAGUGCUGGGCUCAAAGCCCUUGCCCAGCUGCAAAGCCAGCCUGAGAGGCACCAACACCUGCGAGAGCAUCAAUGAGCUGGGCAGCCUGGAGCUGAUGAGCAGGGACCUAGGGCUGGCCCCCUACGGUCCCCUGAAGAAAUCUGUCUCAGCUGACUCGCUCAACUCCGUCUCAUCCAUCGGGAACAACUUUGGGCAGGAUUUCACCGUGGGGCAGGUGGAGGUGUCCAUGGAGUACGACGGGAAGGCAGCCGCCCUGCACGUCACCCUACUGCAGGGCAAGGAUCUGCUGGAGAAGGAGGAUGCCCGCUUUGAAUCUUGCUUCAUGCGCAUCAGCCUGCUGCCAGCCGAGCAGAUUGUUGGCAUCUCCCGGAUCCAGCGUGGUGCCUAUGCCGUGGCCUUCGAUGAGCGCUUCUCCAUCCCACUGGACCCUGUGGCACUGGAGGAGGACAGCCUGCGCUUCUCUGUCUUCGGUAUUGAUGAGGACGAGAGGAACAUCAGCACCGGUGUGGCGGAGCUCAAGCUCUCUGACCUGGACCUGACUGUGCGUCCCUUCAAUGCUUGGCUCUAUCUGCAGGACACGAACAAGGCAGUCGACACAGUGGGGGAGAUCCUGCUCUCCCUCAGCUACCUGCCCACAGCCGAGCGGCUGACGGUGGUGGUGGUCAAAGCCAAGAACCUCAUCUGGAGCAAUGGCAAGGGGACUGCAGAUCCCUUUGUCAAAGUCUACCUGCUGCAGGAUGGGAGGAAGAUCAGCAAGAAGAAGACGGUGGUGAAGAGGGACGACACCAACCCUGUGUUCAACGAGGCCAUGAUCUUCUCAGUGCCGGCCAUUGUGCUCCAGGACCUGUCCCUGCGGGUGACAGUGGCUGAGAGUGGCGAGGAUGGCCGUGCUGACAACACGGGCCACGUCCUGAUCGGCCCAGCAGCCAGUGGCAUGGGCAUCACCCACUGGAACCAGAUGCUGGCCACGCUGAGGAAGCCUGUGUCCAUGUGGCACCCACUGCGGAGGAAUUAGGCUGCUGGCGGGGGCACCCUGCACACCUUGGGACCCUGUGCCCCAAUGCCAGCUCUGCCCUGGCCACAGUGGCCAAGUGCCACUGUCUGGAGGUGAAAAGUCAGAGAUGGCCAGAGCAUCCUGCUACCAAAAGCCUCCACUGGGAGGAGGAGGAUGGAGAAAAUCCUGUCCGCACCUCUCCUCAUCCGCAUGCGCUGGGGGCUGCUGAGGGACCUGCCGAAGACGAACCAAAACCAGCAAAAUCCUCCUCAAACUGCUGUCUGGUGCCAGCCACAAGCUCCUCAGCAUCCUGCAUGCCCUCUGCUGGGCCCCCAAAACCAACGGUGACCCCAGAUGUGGCCUCUGAGGGCUUCUGAGGGGACAUGGGAUUCUUUGGAAGGAUUUUUGGCAAGCGAAAACAGAGAGGGGUGAUAAAGUGUUGGCAUGGUGCAGUUUCUCUCAGCAUGUGUGGUCUUUCUGUUGGGUUUCAGAGGGGUUUCAGUGCACUGUACCAGGGCUGAAACUCUCCAAAUUCCAAUGAAAAAGGGAAAAAUAAUAGUAGAAAAAAAACUUGUUGUUAUAUAUCUCUUUUUUUCUUCCAUCAUUUUUCUAGCAGUGUCAGUUUCUGCUUUCCUACUGGCUGCCAAGGGGUGUCUGUCCCCAAAUGUCAUGGGUUUGAGGACAGGUCCAGGCUGAAUCAUCCCCUAAAGGCUAAAUGUGGUCACCCCAAACCCUUUUCCCAGCUUAAUUAAUCCCGUGGAUUCCCUAGCAGCAGGGCAGCUCUACAGAAAUAGGAAACACCCCCCAAAUUUUGUAUUUUUAAGCUUCACAGGGAAAGGAGAGAAAAAGCUCUUUAGAUGCCGUCUGCUCAUGGGCUCCCAGCCCAAACAAGGUCUUCUGGGUAAGAUCUGCUGCUCUGGGGAACCAGUUCCCCCUGUUUUCCGGAGGUGAACAGAUGGAGAGAUGUGUGGGGCAGAGGAUGCCCUGGGGCCGUGUCCCUCAGCUUUUCCCAGUCUGCAGGUUGCCAGCAGGAAGCCAACAGGGAAACUGGGGCUCUUUGGGGGCUGUUUGCCAGAGUGGUGGCUGUUUGCCAGGGUGAACUGGGGAGGGGAUUUUGUUCCGUGAAUGGUUUGAGCUGAAAAUAAACAAACGUGAGUGAGCCAUUCAACCAGAUUAAAGACAACAUCAUGGUAGUACCCUGAGCUGGCACCAAUUUUCCUCUCUGCUCCUCUGCCUGGCUUUUAUUUUGCAAUUCCCCUACAUAGGCUUCUUCCCCUUAGUUCAUAGGUGCCAAGAUUUCCUUCUCCCACAUGCUGGCUCUUCCUCCUCCUCGCUCCUCCCUCCAGGAGCCCCCAUCUGCCACUGUCCCUUGGCCCUGGGACCAGGGUACAAACCAAAGCUGUGCUCAGAACAGCUCUGCUUGGAAUUGCCAGUGCAGUUUGCUGAUGGAUGAGGAGAAGGUUCUGUUGUGGGCUUAUGCUGUUUUUUUGUGUGCGUAUGGACA